AUGAGUAGUGCAACCUGUGAUGUUGCUACGGAUCACGUGAUCAGUCAGGAAUUGAAAGUAAUCCUUGACACAGAGAGUGAAGAUGACCGAGGAGAAGUGCUUCUUCAGAGUGGCACUCCCGACGGACGAGACGAGAAUAUUUGACUUUUGUGACCGACACUUCUUCCAGCAUGAGCCCAUGUGUCAAUUUUUGGCACUCUCCGAGUCCAAAUCGUGGACGGAUCAAUAUCUGAGGUCAGAAUUUCAUCAUUUCGGGGUCAUGCCAUGUCUCGACGAACCGUUUAGUAUUCUUGCCGUGACCCCUCAAGACGAUAUCUUAGGUGUAAUGUUGGGCAAAAUCUGGACUAGGGACAACGCGACCAAAUCUCAAACUUUGGACCUUCAAAUCAUCCAGUACUUGUCAUGGUUGCUACCUCGAAAGAUGGUGGACGCGACUAAUCUGAUCCAGUUUUCCGAGGUCAAAUGUGGAUUCAAUCCCGUGGAUCUCUUGAAUGAUCUCGGUUCGGAGACUCUCUUCAUCGGCGAACUCUUGUGUGUUUCUCAGCAAUAUCGAGGGCAAGGUCUGGGCCAGAAAUUGCUGAGCAAGUCCGUGGCUUUGGCUCAAGAACAAAACUGUGACAGCUACGCUUCUUUGGCCACGGCCAUUUAUUCUCAGCGAAUUUUUCUAUCCUCGGGAUUUUCGUGCAAAACAGAGGAGGCUUACCAAGAAUGCACCUCACUUAGAGCGUCGCCCAAUUUUGAAGUAUUUCGUCCUCACACAUCUGCCAAAGUAUGUUGUAUGUCGUUAAUAUAGA